AUGAAUUCUAGAGUAUACGGUGUCCUGAUUUCGUUCUUGUUCCGUUUAAUCUUUUACUGGGCAAGUGGUACCACGGAAGAAAGACAUCCCGUAUCGAACGGAUUUCUGGGCUAUAGAACAACUUUGACGUUUCAAAAAUAUUGUGUUUGUAAAAUUUCUUAUUCUUGCUCCUGCUGUCAAAGUGUUGUCAUUUUAUACAACAAGGCGGAAAAGAAUCUUUGCGUUAAUUUUACUUAUCAAAGAAACGGAUUGAAUAUCGACGUGAUGUUAAAUUUUGAUACAUUAAGAGCCAGUACAAUUACUGAUUAUAAGCCAUUAAAAUUUUGUACCAACAUACCAAGAUGUUACUUCUCGUACGCAUGUAUAAAUGUAUUGGAACUCAAUAAAUUUCCUAGAUCGAUCACUGCUUGCCUUCGUUUGGAUAUUUUAUCUAAGAAACGGCUUUGGCAAUUAAAUUACGAUUGUGUCAGCAUAUCAACCGAGUUGCCUACAGUACCAGGUAACGGAACGACAGCAAUGAAUGGAACUACAGGAAUGGGUGGAAUGUCCACGACGAUGAAGACUGGAAUGACAUCAACAAUGGCUAGUAGUCAAACGACAAAGGCCACGACGAAGAUGACAACUGUAGUGGAAACUGAAGAGACUACUACGCCAAAUGAUGUAGAAGUAAUAACCGUACCAGGAACUAAGACAACGAUCGUGGAUAUCGAUUAA